CUAGGUUGAGGGGGUAGGAAGAGCCUCUGAGCCUCGGGGGCCCGGCUGUGUCAUGGCGGGGCUGCGGACUCCUCGCGCUUGAGUCGCCGGGCCCGUCUUUGGAGACAGAGGCGGGGACAGGGGGUGGCGGGGCCAGGGCCGGAGUGGCGGGCGGGGCCGAGUUGAGGGAAGCCACUCCGGACGCCCCCACCCCGGCGCGCCUCAGUGGUGCCGGCCAAGGGAAGGACUCGCGACUGCGGGGCUCGCGCCGCUGUCAGUGCGGCGGGGUGCGCGAGCAGCGCGGCGCAGCGUGGGCAAAGCAGAGAGAAGCUGAGGGGGCGGUAGCGGCGGCGGCGACUCCCGCGCGUGUGAUCAGUUCCUCACGCUGCGGCCGGGGCCGCCUUCUUCCUCCCUCCCUCGCUCCCUCCCAUCCGCCCCCGAGUGCGGCGGCACCACCUCCUUCCGCGCCGCGCGGCUUCCUCCAGACCUCUCAGCGCGGGUGAGUGGGGGCCGCGGGCGUCUUCUUAAAGGUGAGCCCUCUUCCCUGAGACAGUUGGUGCUGACCCUGUAACGCAAAAGAGGAAAUUGCUGGCUGAGCUCAGCCUUGGUACUGGUGGCCACCAUGUCCUUGAAGAUCCAGACAAGCAACGUAACCAACAAGAAUGACCCCAAAUCCAUCAACUCUCGGGUUUUCAUCGGAAACCUCAACACAGCUGUGGUGAAGAAGUCUGAUGUGGAGACCAUCUUCUCCAAGUAUGGCCGUGUGGCCGGCUGUUCUGUGCACAAGGGCUAUGCCUUUGUCCAGUAUGCCAAUGAGCGCCAUGCCCGGGCAGCUGUGCUGGGAGAGAAUGGGCGGGUGCUGGCUGGGCAGACCCUGGACAUCAACAUGGCUGGAGAGCCAAAGCCCAACAGACCCAAGGGGCUAAAGAGAGCAGCAUCUGCCAUAUACAGUGGCUACAGCUUUGACUAUGAUUACUACCGGGACGACUUCUACGACAGGGUCACAGUGCCCCCUGGUGGCCACAGGCCAUGCUGCAGCCUCUGGCCCGUUUGCUCUCACAGGCUCUUCGACUAUCGGGGCCGCCUGUCACCAGUGCCAGUGCCCAGGGCAGUCCCUGUGAAGCGACCCCGGGUCACAGUCCCCUUGGUCCGACGUGUCAAAACCACAAUACCUGUCAAGCUCUUUGCCCGUUCCACAGCCAUCACCACCACCGGCUCAGCCAAGAUCAAGUUAAAGAGCAGUGAGCUGCAGACCAUCAAGACAGAGCUGACCCAGAUCAAGUCCAACAUCGAUGCCUUGCUGGGUCGCUUGGAGCAGAUUGCCGAAGAGCAGAAGGCCAAUCCAGAUGGCAAAAAGAAGGGCGAGAGUGGCAGUGGCAGUGGCAUCGGCAUCGGCAGUGGCAGUGGCAGUAGUGGUGGCGGCAGCCGGCCACCGGCCCCCCAAGAGGACACAGCUUCUGAGGCAGGCACGCCCCAGGGAGAAGCACAGGCUCGAGACGACGGUGAUGAGGAGGGGCUGCUAACACACAGCGAGGAAGAGCUGGAGCACAGCCAGGACACAGAUGCGGAGGAUGGGGCCUUGCAGUAAGCAGUCUGACAGGAGCAAUGGCCACCGGCAGGAGAAGGGCGUACACCGUACCAGGCCUCAAGCUGGGCACCCACCCCUGGAUAACCACCCCCAGCGGGUCCCAGAGGAGAGCUGGCAGCAGGCACCACCUCCCUCACACGUCCCAGCCAGUGCCACAUUCUCUGCAGGUGGAGUUAUCGGCAUCCCCUUCUCAUGUACCCUCCCUCCCUGUUGGCACUGCCCAGGCCAGAGGGCAGAGCACAGAGUUUCCCUAUACUCUUGCCUCCCCUCCCCAGGACACUCCCAGGCUUGGGGUUUUUUCUAUAGGUUUGGAGGGGGGUGGGACCCACAGGGAGGGGACCCUGACAAUAAAGAGAUUGGAUCCCAGUUUGCUCUGA